CACCGGUACGAGCUACAAUGCCCAAAGCGCCCUCUUCCCCGGCGCCCUGCGUGAAGCGGUUCAUCGCUCUGAUCAAUGAGAACAACAACGAAAGGCCUGAGCACGCCGAUGUGCCCCAUCUGCCCGCCUUCACCCCCCAGAAACUGAUAGGACGACACGUGUUUCACGGAGCGGCUGAAGACCAUCCGUCGGCGGUGACCUGGAACACAUGGGACAGCAGCAAACCCACCACAGACGACCGUCCGCUUGAAGAAGCAGAUCUCAGGUGGAACACGUUGGGGGGACUGUCACGUGAUCACCGCCAUGCAAGGCAAGGGCGCGAACAGAAUGUCAUAUCGGAGCAUCUUUACGAGCAUUGUACGUAAAACACCUGG